AUGGUUGAAUUGUUGAACAUAAGCAAGCCUAUUUCGUUUUCCUCUCGUUCCUCCCGUAUCGUCUUUGGUUCUCUCUUUUGUGUUGCUGGCCUCAUCUAUGGAUCGUUUGGAUGGGAGCCUUUCAUGGAUGGCUAUCAUAGCACCACUCCGAGAUUCAAAGAAACCAUCGGAACGGUCAUUGAACCUCACGGCCAAACGUACGACCGCAGAGAUCCCAAUCAUCUCAUCAUGCCAGUGAUUGAAUUUAAAGUGGAAGAAAAACAUUAUGAAAAUUCUUCAUCUCUGGACAAUGACCAUUUAUCAUCAUCAUCAUUGGAUUCAAGAAAACCAACCAUUGCUUACAGAACACUCCGCAACAAGAUUUAUUCCAAUCUCUUCUUCGGAUUGGACAAACGAGAUGUUGAACAAUUGCAUCUCCCUGAAUACAUGCCUCCAGGAACACGAGUCAAAGUAUGGUACGAUCAGAAGGAUCCCACGCACAGUGUGGUAGUUCCUGGAAUGGCAUGGGGAGCCAUGGAAACCAAUGCCUUUGCGUUGGGCUCAUGCAUUACAGGUCUUGUGUUAGGCUCAUGUGCUGAUGAUUUAUCUAAAAUUGAAAAUUUGAAGAAACAUAAAGUCAGAGUUGGAUUGUUGGGAUUCGCGCUGAUCAUGAUGACAGCGAGCAUGAUGAUUCCUUCUAGAUUGAGAAAGUAUGUGUUGCAAGGCACUGAGGAGGAGAGAAGAAAGAGAUGGGUGGAUCCAUAUAUUGUGGUGGAAAAGAAUUAG